AGUAUUUUAACCUGUGCUGCUGCAUUUGAAGACACACAUUCUUUUGGGAUUUUUAAGGUAUUUAAGGUCCAGGAUGGAUAGCAAGUCUUAUGUGGUUCAGAUGAAUGGCAGUGCGGUGCAUGGAAAAAACGCUGUCAACGCCAAAAGCCUCAAUGGGACUGCGGUCAAUGGGAAAGCAGUAAACGGGAAAAGUGUACACCACGUCAGUGUGAACGGCAGUAUUUACCCAGCCAAAGCCAAGAGCCGCAGGCAGAGAUGGGACGUGAAAGCCUCAGAGAUGGCCAACAACACCCUCAACCCCAUCCGGGCCAUCGUGGACGGCAUGAAGCUCACCCCCAACCCGGAUAAACCCAUGAUCGCACUUUCCAUAGGGGAUCCUACUGUAUUUGGGAACCUGCCCACAGAUGACACGGUGCUCCAGGCCAUGAAAGAUGCCAUCGACUCCCACAAAUACAACGGCUACUCUCCUUCCAUUGGUUACCAGAAGAGCCGCGAGGCAGUUGCCAACUUCUACAGCUGCCCUGAGGCCCCGCUAGAGGCAAAGGAUGUGAUUUUGACCAGCGGUUGCAGUCAGGCCAUUGACCUGGCUAUCAGUGCCCUGUGUAACCCAGGGGACAACAUCCUGGCUCCAUGCCCGGGCUUCUCCUUAUACAAGACCGUGGCCGUGUCCAUGGGCAUCGAGGUCAAACUCUACAACCUGCUGCCAGAGAAGUCAUGGGAGAUCGACCUGCAGCAUCUGGAGAGCCUGAUCGAUGAGAAGACAUCCUGCAUGGUCAUCACCAACCCCUCCAACCCCUGCGGCUCAGUCUACAGCAAGGAACACCUGCAGAGCAUCCUCAAAGUGGCUUCAAGGCACUGCGUCCCCGUCCUGGCUGAUGAAAUCUACGGUGAUAUGGUUUUCCCAGGGUGCAGUUUCCACUCUUUAGCGUCUCUCAGCAGUGAUGUUCCCAUCCUGUCCUGCGGUGGCCUGGCCAAACGCUGGCUGGUCCCCGGCUGGAGGAUGGGAUGGAUCCUCAUCCACGACCGGAACAACGUGUUUGGCUCUGAGAUCCGACAGGCUCUGGUCAAACUGAGCCAGCGUAUUCUCGGACCCUGCACCAUCAUCCAGGGGGCGCUGGAGAGCAUCCUAAACAACACGCCUCAAAGCUUCUACCAAAGUAACAUCAACUUCCUUAAGUCCAGCGCAGAGCUUUGCUUCAAUGAGCUGUCCACAGUCCCUGGCCUCACCCCCAUCAUGCCCUCAGGAGCCAUGUACAUCAUGGUGGGGAUUGACAUUGACCACUUUCCAGACUUCAGUGGUGAUGUGGACUUCACUGAGCGGCUGGUUACCGAGCAGUCGGUCUUCUGUCUGCCUGCAUCGGCGUUUGAAUAUGCCAACUUCUUCCGCAUCGUGGUGACGGUGCCAGAGGAGAUGAUGGUGGAGGCUUGUGCUCGGAUCCGAGAGUUCUGCCAGCGCCACUACCGGCCCCGCAGCCGUGACAGCAACGAGCUGGACCAGUGACAAGCUGGACCGGCCAGGGCACAGCGAGAGCUGGACCAGGGGGGCGGAGGGGGACCCGAGGAGAGCCAGGCCGCGAGGAACGAAGAAGUUGCCCCAAGUGAUACCAAGUUGGGAUCACGUUUGAGAUUUUAUCCCACCAGCGUUUGAAUCGAGAGACCAAAAAUGUACAGUGUCGAAAUAUUGCAGUGCACUGUGGGGACAAAGCCUGUUAUUUGUUGGUGCAUCCAUGCAAUUUUUGAUGCAAACCCUGUGUAAUGCAGACCUAAUAUUUAUAUUUUGUACAGGCACCGUAUAUUGGCCUAUACUUGUAUACUAUUAUGUAUUUUUGUGAUGGCUAUGUAUUAUAACCUAUUACCUCUACGGGUAUUGUUAAUUCAGACAACUGCAGGAUCACAGAUGAUGCUCACUGUCACUCAGAAAUCCCCUUUGAUGAGGAAACUUUGCUCUAUAAAUUUUGUUCAAAGAUCAGGAGAGGUGAAUAUCUAUAUGACUAUCUAUUUUUGUAAAACUUACUUAUGGGAUCUAUGGCUCUGCAUGCUGUCUGUCUGUCUCUUUGUAUGUGCUAAGAAAAUGUGUGUCUUUGUGUGUUUGAACGCACGGGCAUGCUCAUAAUCAA